AUGAAGUCCGCGGUACAGGCACACGGCUACCGGUUUGGUGACAUCCCCAACGUGCACCAGUUGCGUGCAGAUGUUUGGAGGACGCUGGCAGUGGCGCGUCCAGCUCAAGUCGUCGCAUGGCUACCAGUGACAGCCGCCAGAGCACCACCACCGCCCGAGCCAGCUUUGCCGUGGGGCUUCCGAAAGAUGUGGCUCAAUGGGCAUUCUACGGAGAAGACGGGGCUCACCAAGCAUCCUGGUACGACAGGGGACUCUGGUGGUUCGGAUGACCAAGAGCACCGCCAGCCCACCCAGCAGCACAGUUCGUUGCAACAGGCGCGGGACCAUUUGGGCAACACUGGAGCAUAUGGCUCUUCCUGGAAGACUUUCCACCGCAUGAGGCGGGCCCAUCUAGUCUGCCACGGUGAUGUCGGCGUGAGACAGAUGGUGUGA